AAUUUCAAGUUUUAGGGGUGUGGCCUUCCAACAAACUCAUUCCUGAUUGGCUGCCAUAGAAAAGCAGACCGACUUCGAACAAAUACUGCUUCCUGAAGACAUCCAGCUCCAACAUGGCGGCAUCCGUAUCACAAAAACAUGUCCGCUAAAUUGACUUCAUUUGAUUGGAACCGGAAGUAAGCCAUUUGGCUAGCAUCUGUACGUGUUUGGUUUAUUUCCAACAUUUUACUUUUUUAUUUUAUUUUUACUAUUUUUGCAAGUCACCUGAUAAUAAAUUAAUUUUCUCCAUUAUGUAUUCGCAACAUCAUAAUAUUUAUGUUGUGUCUUAAUUUUUAGUGUUUAUUUUGUUUCGGUUCUUGUCUUUAGUUUUUUUAAAUAACUAUAUUAAAAAAACUUUAUUUAUUACAAACGCCAUUACGAAAAAUGUUUAUAUCAAAAAUAAUUAUAAAUGAGUCAACAAAAAAGAAGAAAUUAGCAUUUUUUGCUAUCAUUAUUUUUUUUUUUCGUGACGUCACUGAGCCGCAGCGCGUGCGGCGCCGUAGCAAGCUCGAGCGUCCGGAGGGAAUCUUGGGAAAGUCAUCAGCGGGACUCCGCCGCAGCCUGUUCCCCCUCUCCCCUCCGUGCCGCGGCACAAACUCGGAUUUUUGUCGGAUUUGCGGCUCGGUACCGUCCAUCCCCGAAACGUGAACCGUGUAACCGGAGCCGGGAGACGUUUUCGAGGCGGAAAAAGUUGAGGCGGAUUCAGAACUUGUUUGUGUCGUCGAGAGAAACCGGAGGAGAAAUGCGGCGGCUGGUGUCGUAAACCUGCGGCGUUUCACUCUCCCGAACACGGAGGAGGAAGACCCGGGAGUCCCGAGGGAGACCGAGGAGGAGGUGAACGGAGCAGGAAUGGCCGAAGCUCGGACCGACGAGGAGCAGCAGAGCCUGGGGAGGGAAAGUCGGGAGCAAGUGGUGCGACGGCAGCCGGGAAGCUCCGCAGGUCGCCCUGACAGACGUAAGCCGGAGCAACGCCACAGCCAAGGUCCUCUGUCCUCCAUCAGAGCCGUCAUCAAGAGAACCUCUCCCCGGCCCACCUCCCUCUCAGAGCCGCCCGCAGACCGAGAGCGCGACCGAAACCGGAGGCGACCACAGAUCACCAUCCUGUCAGCGGAGCCUCUUCCCUCCACUUCCUGGUUUCCUGGCGUGGCAGCGGGAAUCCCGCCCCCACCUCCCCCCGCCGCACAGAUCUGGGGACCCACCAUCCCUCCGUCCAUCCAGCCACCUCCUUCCUAUGAGGAAGUGAUCAGGGAGAAGACACAGGAGCAGGUACUCCUUCCUCCUCCCCCAUCAUUGCCCUCUUCCUCAUUCAGUCCACUUCCUUCGAUAACCACCGCCACUCAGACGGAGGCGGGGUCUGAACCUGAGUCGUCUAGAGUAGAAAGACCGGGGAGACCGUCGAGACCUCCUCUCCCCGAUAAAUCCACCGGUGGCAUCACCAUCCCCAGCAGCCAAUCAGCUCCCUCCUCUCUUGCCCGUGUGGAGACGGACUCUCAGCUCUGCGACAUCCCUGAGACGAGUUCUCCCCCAAACUUGACUUCUGCGGCUCAAGCUGACCUCCUGGAUCUGUGCUUUGCAGCUCCUUCUCACAACGGGGCUUUAGAGCGCCCCAGGCCCCUCCCCCGCUCCAAAACCGGCCUUCAUCCGCUCCGGAAAGAGGUCAAAGUUCAGACGUUGGUGAAGCUGCGGGACGACGGCGCCGCCACGUUAGCCAGCCGUGCAGAGAGCUCACAGCAGGAGGAGGGCCAGGGGAGGUAUCUGCAGGAGCUUCUCCAGGCGUUCAGUUCAGACGACUGGGGCUUCCCUGAUCACCACGGUGACAGCGAAGAGCCCAGCCAAUCAGACAGCCAGGAAGAGGAGGACGAGGAAGACAUGGCAACCCUGAAACUGAGGAUCCAGGCGUUUGAGCAGCAGCAGGAGGCAGAGAGACCUGAGCCGCGACCACGCCCCCGUCUCCAGGGGCAACCGGGCAAGUCGGUGCCCCCUGUGAUCGCCCCGAAACCCAAAACCUUUUCAUCCGCCCCCAAACCAUCAGCCGGGCUUUCUCUGGAUGAUGGAUGCGAGUCUGCAGACCAGGAUCAACCAGAAACCAUCGAAACUAGCAGCCAGGAAUUGAACCUGAAACCCCAACCUGCUGCAAAACCAUCAGCUUCAAUUUCCACCCAAUCAGAACCCGGUCCGUGCAGACCCGCUAAUAAACCCUGUUUGGCACCAAAACCGCAGUCUGCCCCCGAAACCGCCACAGCAACUACCCCCGCCCCUGUUCCUGCACCAAGACCACCUCCACCCAAACUCCCCACCUCCUCCGCGCAGAACCCCACACCCCCACCGAGACCCGCGGCGGCUCCCAGAGCGAGCCUGGGCGCUGCACCCACAGAAAAGAGAGGCAGCGCCACCUCAGGAGAGUCUCCACCCAGCGUCCAAUCAGGUCCAGCAGUGAAAGCAGGAAGUGUCCGCCCUGGCACCCCGACCAAACCUGCAGCUCCGGCGUCCGCCCGCAGGACGAGCGCUCCAAACCUUGCAACCAAACCUGCUCCAGUUUCACCUCCAGAUCCAAGCCCAGCGACCAAACCGACAUCUCCUCCUAAACCUGCUGGACAGGCUCCGCCCACAGGCCCCGCCCCCGCUUUGAGGAAAGCUGAGAAGACCAAUAACAAAGUGCCGCCCACAGACCCUCCUCUUCCUCCACGCCCUGCAGGAGCAAAACUCCUCCCUCUUCGACCUCCUCCAAUCAAAUCCGUCCCUAGCAGGCCGCCUCCUCCAACAGUCAACUCCUCGUCCAAUCAGAAUCCUUCCAAGGCGGCUCCGCCCCCCUCUUCUUCAGCCAAUCUCUCCCGGGCUCAAAAGGGAGGAAAACGAGGACCGCCUUUGCCCCCCCGGCCUAAACCUGGACACCCGCUCUACAACAGCUACAUGAAGCAGGAGGUUCUGAUCGUCCUGGACGACCCAAACCCGGCACCUUCUGAGAAGGUCUCCAACGAAGGGAACGAUUCUACCACCACCCCCCUCAUCCUGCCAUCGCAGGAGCUUCUGGACACCCCGCCUGAGGACACCGGAUCCAAACUGGUCCUAGAGGACCCCCAGUCCAUCAUACCUGUGAAGCCCGUGGAACUGAAGGACCACCCAGACCCCGCCCCUGUCAGCGGACCCCGCUGCGUCGCCAGGUUUGACUACGAGGGUGAGGAGAACGACGAGCUCACCUUCUCGCGGGGCGACGUCAUCGCCCUGCAGGAAGUGAUUGGAGACGAGUGGGGGCGGGGCCAGAUCCACGGGAGAUCCGGGAUAUUUCCCCUGAACUUCACGGAGGUGGUGGAGCCCCUCCCACAGGCGGUGACAUCAUCAGGUGAAAGCAGCAAAGACCCGAACGACUCGGGAGAAUCUCCACAUCCAGCGGUGACGGAAACCUCUCAGGACUCAGAGAUCUCCGUUGUUCCCCGUGAACAGGCGGAGGAGUGGGUGCUGGCUGUGUUCGACUUCCCCGGUCAGACUCCGGAGGAUCUGUCCUUCCAGAAGGGGGCGCUGAUCAGAGUGACGGAGCAUGUGGAUGCAGACUGGCUCAGAGGAAGGGUGGACGGCCGAGAAGGCCUCUUCCCAGGGUCCUUUGCUCAGCCUUACCAGGCUCAGCCAAUCACAGACCCGCAGUGUCCGGUUGGACGAACAGCCAAAGUUUUGUUCGACUUCACAGCGGAGCGCGAGGACGAGCUCACCCUGAAGGUCGGGGACGUCAUCACACAGGUGGAGUCUGUAGACACAGACUGGAUUUUAGGACUUGCGGGCGGGAAACGUGGGAUCGUUCCUAAAAACUAUGUUUCGUUUCUCUGAUGUGGAGGAUGGAGAACGCGACCGCUGCACCACAGGACCUGCUUCCUGUGCGCUCUUAUUCUGAAGUGCUGAGCACACGCCUGUUUUUUCUAUGGGUUUUGACUGCACUUUUUAUUCUGAAAGUCUUAAUUUUUUUGUUUUUUCUAACUUGACUCUGCUGAGCUCCUACACUCACAAAACAUCACAAUAUCCACGACAAAUAUUUACUUUUAAUGACUCUGAGCCCAAACAAACAGGAAUAAACUUCAGACGCAGAAGAUUUACCAAAGGUGAGUCUGCACCAGGUCAUGUGACAGACCACACACAGGUGUGUCUGUUCUGUACAUGUUUGUGUGAAAUUUGUAAUGAAAUUAGAAACGUGAAAAUGGGUUCUUCUGUCCUCCAUAUUCAAGAUUUUACAAAUCGAUGCAACAUUUUUGUCAUUUUUCUGCAUUCAGAUCAACUUUUUUUUAUAUAAUUACCAGAAACUUUUCAUGUUUUCCUUUUUUUGGCUUAAAUGUUACGUUUUACAUAAAAUCAGACCAGCGUUUAUAAAAUCAGCUCUGAUCUUCACAUUUUUAUCAGCUGAUUUUUGAAAAAAAACUUACUUUAUUUCUAGAUUUUAUGGUAAAAAUGCAACAGAUAACCUUUAAUUUAGCAACUAUCAUCUCCCAUACAUAGUUUUCAGCUCAAAACUUCUGGUUUUCUCCUGGAUUUCCUGAGUCUGCUGGCAGAAGUGAACCUACGGGAAGAUGUUGAUGCUCAUCAUUCCUUUACAAACAUUAGUGUUGCAGUUUUUUCUGUGCAUUUCAUGUUUGCUUUUUUCUUUUGUUUUAUUUUUAAUAAACUGAAUCUCCAAAUUGAUCAAA